CAGCUGACCCUCAUUCCAAAACAGAUCAGCAGCGCUCAGCAGCAAUGACUAACUUUCUGGAGGAGCGGCCAUUCGGCUCGCAGUACACCAAUGUCUACCUUUCCAUCUUCGCCCUGUUCUGCUUCAAGCUCUUCGUCAAGAUCAGCCUGAACAUCCUCACACACUUCUAUGUGGUCAAGGGGAACCGGAAGGAGGCGGCGCGCAUCGCUGCAGAGUUCUACGAUUUCGGCCAAGGGCACAGUAAGUGAUCCGAGUGUGUCUGAGACACGUGCAGGGGGGUUUGGGAGAACUCAGGAGAAGAUGUUAUGCCUUUCUACAAGCCUUCAUACUCUUCAUGCAGGCUCAUGGGCGGACCGAUCUCCACUCCAUGAAGCUGCAAGCCAGGGACGCCUUCUGGCCCUGAAGACGCUGCUGUCACAGGGUUACAAUGCAAACCUUGUCACCAUCGAUCACGUGACUCCACUGCACGAGGCGUGUCUGGGCGAUCAUGUGGCGUGUGCCAGAGCGCUCAUCGAGGCCGGAGCUAAUGUGAACGCUACCACCAUCGAUGGAGUAACUCCUCUGUUUAACGCCUGUUCUGCGGGCAGUGCCACGUGUACAGAGGUUCUGCUGGAGCACGGCGCUAACCCACAGCCUGAGCCGUGCCAACCCUCACCGAUCCACGAGGCCAGCAGCAAAGGAAGGACGGCGUGUGUGGAGGCUCUGAUAUCGUGGGGGGCAGAUGUGGAUUACGAUAUUCCUCACUUAGGAACACCACUUUACAUCGCCUGCGCCUCCCGAGAGCUACAGUGCACACGCAAACUUCUAGAUGGAGGUGCUAACGUACAGAAGGGGCGUUUCCUGGACACGCCCCUUCACGCCGCCGCGCAGAAAGACUGCCCCGAGAUCGUCAAAGUGCUGCUGGAGUUCGGCGCCAACAUCAACACUCGGAACCUGGAGCUGCAGAAGGCGGUGGAGACGGCGCCCCCUAGCAGCCUGGCAGAGCGCGUGCUAAUGCACUACGAAGUUACUCCGCGCUCUCUGAGUGAGCUGUGCAGGUUGUGUAUCAGAGAGUAUCUGGGACGCACGAGGCUUCAUCUCAUCCCUCAGCUCCGACUGCCACCUCUGCUCCACAGAUUCCUGCAGCACAGAUAGACACGUGUCUCUCUCUCUCUCUCUCUCUCUCUCUCCCUCUCCAUCCACCUAUUCACUUUGUCUCUGUGUCUGUUUCUGUCUCUCUCUCUCUGUCUACCUAUAUUACUCUACAUCUCUCUCUCUGUCGCUUUCUCUCUCUCUCUCUCUCCAUCCACCUGUCCAAUUUGUCUCUGUGUCUGUCUCUCUCUCUCUCUCUCUCUCUGUACCUGUCUGUCUCUAACUGUCUCUCUCUCCAUAUAUCUCUCUAUCCACAUUUCUCUCUUUCUCUGCACAUGUAUCUGUCUCUUUCUCUCUUUCUGUGCCUCUUUUACCACCUGUAUCUCUCCAUCUCUGCUUCUCUGCAUCUGUCUCUCUCUCUCUUUCUGUCUUUUUCUGUCUGUCCAUCUCUCUCUGUGUGUCUCUACACCUGUCUCAGUCUCCACCUGUCUUUCACUCACCUCUCUUGUCUGUCUCUCUCCACCUGUGUCUCUCUUUCCCCUCCUCUCUCUCUCUCUCUCUCUCUCUCUCUCUGUCCACCUGUCUCACCAGCCUGUUCCUGUCUGUCCGUGUGUAUCUGUCUGUCUCUCACUCCACGUGUCUGUGUCUUUCCACCUGUCUCUCUCUGUUUCUCUCCACCAGUCUCUGUUUCUCUACCCGUGUCUAUCUCUCUUCCUGUCUCUCGCUAUCUCUCUGUCUGUCAUUUGAUUUUAUAUUUUAUCUCUCCUUUUAUCUGUAUCUGUGUUUUCUUGUUGUUUAUUUUGUCUCUCAAGUGCAUUUGUUGUCUUCUUUAUAACACAAAAGAAUGAAUUGCUUGCUCUUGAUUUAAAUAUAAUGUCUGUUAAAAAAAAACAUUAAUUUCGUUUAUGGUAUCACAAUCCACAAUGUUUAACGUCACUCCGGGUUCAUGAGGAAGUGUCUCACACCACGUUCACACUGGCGAGGGGAAAAAGCGACUGUUUACACUUUUUCCACAAGAGUUUCUCUCAUUCAUGCAGUUUGGUUUUAAAUGAUGAGUCGAAAUGAUGAACUGUAACGCACUGUACGGUGUAUUAUGCAUUUUUCUACAAUUUUAUAUUCAGUGCUUAGAUGUACACCAUAUCCUUUACAGAGUGACACUGAUUUUUCCUCCUCACAGUUUUCUUUUAUUUCUUUCUUACCUUUUAAAAGCUGGAAAGUUUUCAGUCAACCCUUCUGAAAACGUCUGCGACUCGUUUGCUCCUAACGCUUGAUCAUCAACGGUUCCGUCUUUCUCGGAAAUUCGUAAUACAAACAGUGACCUAAAGCCAUAUCAGAAAUGCUGGAAGGACAAACACAGAGUUAUCUGUCCUUCUGUUCUCUUCUCACAUCUCACACUGUUUGAUCUCGUGGUGUGUUCAACCUGCCGAGUGUGUAUCAUAAUCACAACUGUACAGUGUUUUACUGAAACCUCAGCAUGUCAACAAAUAUACAGGAAUAAAAAAUGGAAAUGUUUAA